AUGGCCUCUGAAAACUCAGAGGAUGCCAUGAUCGCGGCAGCAAUCAAAGCUUCGCUCAAAGAGACUAAAAAGCACGUUGUGGACUUGACAAAAGAGUCCGAUGACGAGUCAGAUGUGCACGUCGUUUUUCCCAAAUCAAACUCGGUGGUCGGCUCAGAUACUGACAAUGAAGCCGACACAAAUGCUGAAGAGGAUGAUUCCGAUCUCAAACGUGCUAUCGCACUGUCACUGGCCAAUACAUCGCCUCAGGCCAACAAAUCCCCUCCUAAACAUUCGCCUCAGCGUCAGGACACAGGCGCUCAAAGUUCUUCCAGUAUUCAGCCAGCAACCCACGGGAUAUUUGGCCUCGAUCGCAAGCAAAUGGAGCAAGAACGCCUCAUGCGUCUGAGCAAACGCAAGGCCUCGGAAGUCGAUGCCUCACCCGAGCGUGCCCCCAAGGCCGCUAGGACUUCUCCUUCGCCUGGAGUUGACAUUCUGGGCUCCCAUCAGAUCUUGACGGCUGUAUCAUCUCAAGUUGCCUCCGAUGAAAAGGGAAAGCGCCCAUUGAACCGCAAUCAGAGGCUGGGCUCGCCUGGCUAUGAAGUCGUCAACGUCAAAUAUCUCUCUCCAAAACCCGAGGCUCAAACAGCUCCAACUCAACCUGCCCCGACUGUCAACACCCAACGCAGCGCGCCACCGACAGUCAAUUUCCAGCUCCCUUCCAGAGAAGGAAUUCAGUGGCCAGCUGGGAUAGUGAAGAAAACGCGCUUGGCCAACUCCCAACGCAAGCACGACGACAUCUCGAUCGAAGAAGUGCUGCAGAAAGAUGACUUGGAACUCGCCGUUCUCAGUUCAUUCUUAUGGGAUAUGGAAUGGAUUCUUGGGAAACUCAACACAAAGAAGACUAGGGUUCUGCUUGUGGUUCACGCCCCAAAUGAAGAGCGCCCGAUGUAUGAGGCAGAUGCUGCAGGCAUCCCCAAUCUUCGAUUUUGUUUCCCUUCACUGGAUGGCCAGAUCAAUAUCAUGCACUCUAAAUUGAUGCUGCUUUUUCACACCGAAUAUCUUCGAAUCGUCGUUCCCACUGCCAAUUUGAUUCAAGUCGACUGGGGCGUGCACAAUUUGAUGGAAAAUACUGUUUUCAUCAUAGAUCUACCUCUGAAAUCAAAGACGACUGGCGGGAAGAGCUUAUCUGAUGACACCAACGACGAUACCUACACGCAAUUCUACAACGAUCUCGUCAUUUUUCUCAAGGCCAGCUCAUAUCCACAAGGGGUUAUUGAAAAGUUGGCAAAGUUUGACUUUAAAAAAACUGCGCGAUACGCCUUUGUACAUUCAAUUGGUGGAUCUCACACCAACGAAACCUGGAGAUGGACCGGAUAUACGGGGCUAGGCCGUGCCGUGUCAAAUUUAGGCCUACGAACACAAUCGCCAGUCAACGUUGAUUUCAUAACAUCUUCUCUUGGCGCACUCAACGAAGAUCUUCUUCGCGGAAUUUAUCUCGCUUGCAAAGGCGAUGAUGGAUGUACAGACUAUCAAUUCCGCAACACAAAGCCAGCUGCAAAAGCAAAUAGCCCCUUACUAAGGCCCUGCGAGGAAUGGAAAGAUCGGUUCCGAGUCUUCUUCCCCUCCCAGGAAACCGUGAAGGCUGUAGCCCAAGCAGCAGGUCGUCGACCACAGGAUAUUGGGGGGACGGUUUGCUUCGGCUCGAAGUACUGGAAUAGUCCUAAAUUACCAAAGCAUGUCUUGAAGGAUUGUCAGAGCCAGCGUGAUGUUCUCAUGCAUAACAAGAUUGCUUUUGUCAGACCUUCGGAACCAAUUCACCUCCCAGAUGGCUCUGAUUGCAGCGGAUGGGCUUACGUUGGAAGUGCCAAUCUCUCGGAAUCUGCCUGGGGUCGUCUUGUUAAGGACCGCACUACUGGCGAGCCGAAACUCAAUUGUCGGAACUGGGAAUGUGGCGUUCUGGUUCCGGUUACUGGCGAAACAUCCACCACCAAUACAACAAUGACCGCUUCGAACAGCUCGGGAUCUGGCUCAGAGCUCAAUUUAUUCAAUGGCACAAUUCCCGUCCCAAUGAAACUACCCGCAGAGAGCCUGCGGGCUGGACGGGAGCCAUGGUUCUUCAUGGGUUGA